AUGAAUGAAGCCACUACGGACAAUGACAAGGCAAGUGUCAACAUGUCUGAACAUGUCGACAGGCUCCAGUCUGUCGAAACUGCAGGCUGGAGCGAAGCAGAUACAAACAGGCUUAUACGCAAGAUUGAUUGGGCCAUUAUUCCGUUCGUCUCUCUCCUCUACCUACUAUCCUUCCUUGACCGAACCAAUAUUGGUAAUGCUCGUCUCGAUACCCUAGAGCUAGACCUCGGCAUGUCAGGCCUUAUGUACAAUCAUGCACUGGUCAUCUUCUUCCCGUUCUACAUCGUGGCAGAAAUCCCUUCAAACAUGGCCAUGAAGAGGUUCAAACCCUGGAUCUGGAUCCCUUCAAUUAUGGUGUGCUGGGGAAUUUGUUGCACAUUAAUGGGCAUCGUCCACAACUAUGCUGGUCUGAUGGUUGCACGAGGCUUCCUCGGUCUCACCGAGGGUGGCCUGUUUCCAGGAAUUGCCUACUAUAUCACCAUGUGGUAUCGUCGCCACGAAUGCGGUUUUCGCAUGGCCAUAUUCUUUUCUGCCGCUACUGCUGCAGGUGUAUUUGGCGGUCUUCUUGCUCGUGGCAUCAUGGAGCUACGCGGGAAGGCGGGACUGGCUGGUUGGCAAUGGAUUUUUAUCAUCGAGGGCCUUCUUACAGUCGCUGUCGCACUCGCGUCAUUCAAGCUCAUGUCUGAUUACCCCGAACGAGCGAAAUUUAUAACCGAACAAGAGCGAAAGCACAUUCAAGAGCGUCUGAUGCUCGAUCGGUCUGGAUUGGCAGAGGAGUUCGAGAUGAGAUAUGCGCGGGAUGCCUUUCGCGACUUCAAAAUUUGGGUGCAUAUGUUUAUCGCAGCUGGCACCUUUACUGCAGUCUACGCAUACUCCCUGUUUCUUCCUACCAUCAUCCGCGAUCUGGGCUAUUCCAGUACGACCGCGCAGCUCAUGAGCACACCUCCUUAUCUGGUGGCCUGUGUUGUUUGUGUUGCAGCUGGGUGGUGGGCUGAUAAAGUGCAGCAGAGAGGGAUCUUUAUGAUCACCUUCAUCUCCAUGUCUGCGAUUGGACUGAUUCUUCUUAUGGCCGUUGAACAUGCGGGUGUCAGGUACUUCGGCUGCUUCCUCCUCGCUUCAGGUGCAUUCCCAUGUGUUCCCCAGGGGAUUGCCUGGAACAGCAAUAACAUUGGGGGAUCCCUCAAGCGGGGUGUCGGUAUCGCAAUGAAUGUGAGCUGCGGCAACAUUGGUGGGGUGAUUGCGGCUUAUCUGUUCCUGGCGAAGGAUGCUCCAAGAUAUUUCCCAGGCUUUGGCACGCUCCUGGGUCUUCAGAUCAUGUCACUGAUCUUGUCUAUCUGGAUGACUGUUAACUUGCGUCGCGAGAAUGCUCGCCGAGAUGCGGUACAUAAAGACCCUAGCUUGUACACCGAGGCAGAGAAGUAUGCUGAGCGCGAGAAGGGUGACAACGCGACAUUCUUUCGUUAUACAAUCUAA